AAAAGCCAAAGUGCAAUGUAGAGAGUGGAAAUCGGAUUAACGGUGCAAACAAAUUCACCUGACUCGAUCAUCACUGCAAUUACCAUUAAUGCAACUUCGAAUUAGUCGUUGAUUAUUUAUCCCCUUCCCACCCACCCUAUGCAAUUAUCUUCUCCACCUUCAAUUCCACACCUCAAAACCCAACUUACCCGCCUCCCCAUGGCUUCCAUUUCCAAAGAAGAUAAGCAAGGUUCUUCUGUUAAGAAUGUUGCUGUAAUUGGAGCUGGUGUUAGUGGGCUAUCUGCAGCAUAUAAGUUGAAAUUGCAAGGGUUGAACGUCACAGUCUUUGAAGCUGAUGGGAGAGUUGGAGGGAAGUUAAGAAGCAUUUCACGAGAUGGUUUGAUAUGGGAUGAAGGAGCAAACACUAUGACUGAAAGCGAGGCACCUGUUGGGUUUUUGCUCGACAAUCUUGGACUUAGGGAUAAGCAACAAUUUCCUCUUUCGCAACAGAAGCGUUAUAUAGCUAAAGACGGAGUGCCAGUAUUGCUACCAUCAAAUCCUGUUGCGCUUAUCAGAAGCAAUUUUCUCUCGGCAGGGUCAAAGCUUCAAUUAUUUUUGGAGCCAUUUUUGUGGAAAAGUAUUAAUGCAUCCAAGAGGCCUGACGAAAAGGAAAGUGUUGGUGCUUUCUUCCGACGACAUUUUGGGAAAGAGGUUGUUGACUAUCUUAUUGAUCCUUUUGUUGCUGGAACUAGUGGUGGAGAUCCCGAGUCUCUAUCAAUGCAACAUGUAUUUCCAGAGAUAUGGAAUCUUGAGAAAAGGUAUGGUUCAAUCAUAUCUGGUGCUAUUCAGUCUAAGUUAUCUGCCAAAAAGGACACAUCUGGUGGAAUAGACUCAUCAGCACAGAAGAAGCAAAAGCAUGGUUCAUUUUCGUUUCUAGGUGGGAUGCAGACACUCACCAAUGCAUUGUGCAAUGAACUCGGCAAAGAUGAACUUAAACUUCAAUCUAAGGUGCUGGAAAUAGCUUGUAGUUGCAGUGAGAAGUCACCUCAAGAUAGCUGGUCAAUUUCUUAUGAAUUGAACGAUAAAAGGCUUUCCAGUGAGAAGUCCUUUGACGCAUUAAUAGUCACAGCCCCUCUUUCUGCUGUUAAACAACUGAAGAUUACCAAAGGAGGAAACCCGUUCCUCCUAGAUUUCAUUCCUGAGGUUAGCUAUUUACCAAUGUCUGUCAUAAUCACAACAUUUAAGAGGGAAAAUGUAAAGCGACCACUUGAAGGCUUUGGUGUUCUCAUACCCUCAAAAGAGCAACAAAAUGGCUUGAGAACACUCGGCACUCUCUUUUCAUCAAUGAUGUUCCCCGAUCGGGCACCAUCUGAUGUUUAUCUCUACACUACAUUCGUUGGUGGAAGUAGAAAUCGGGAGCUAGCCAGAGCUUCAAGUGAUGAACUGAAGCAGAUAGUGACAUCUGAUCUUAGACAGCUAUUAGGUGCAGAGGGGGAACCUGCCUUUCUGAAUCACUAUUAUUGGAGCAAAGCAUUUCCUUCGUAUGGGCUUAAUUAUGGUUCGGUCAUACAAGCUAUUGACAAGAUGGAAAAGGAACUCCCUGGACUUUUUUGUGCCGGAAACCACAAGGGAGGAUUAUCAGUAGGCAAAGCCAUCUCAAGCGGUUGUCAAGCAGCUGAUCUUGUUAUAUCAUAUCUCGACUCUAGCUCUGAUGCUAAAGAGAAAUCGCAAUGAAGAGAUCAAGCAACCUGCCCGAUUUUGAUUCCUUCAGAGAUUUCUUUCCCUCAUUAUAUUUCAGAGCAUCUGUACUGGAAUGAUGUUCAACCCAGUGAACAAUGACUUGAUCUUGAUAUAGCACGUUGCUCGUCAGAGGGCAAGGUUGGCCACGAGCUGCAGUCGGGCGGAGCCCUGCCAAAAGGGUUUACUUGUAUCGUCUACCCAAACUGUUCUACUUUGUGAUUAAAACAUUAGUACUUUCUUGUACACUUGCUAAUUCUUGAUCUGUUCAAGAAUUGUGGAAUGUAUCUAUUGUUGUGUUAGUAGACGACAAUGAUGUUUAGUGUGGUGCUUUGGUUUGUUCUUUUCAGUUUUCUGAAAAGUGGUCACAACAUUCACUCGCAACUGACCUUUAAUAUUUGUUAUUUGAAUCA